AUGGCAACCCAUUUCUCAAUAUUGCCUUCAGAAAUUAUUCGCUAUCUUACACUGAGUCUGAACAAGGAAAACAACGCGGCAACAGAAAAUCCUUUACGUCUCUUAAGACUUCCCCAUCCACGGACAGGAUUGCUGUCUUUGUUCCUACCCUGUGAAUGGUUGCCUACAUCACUACACGAUGAAAACGGCAUUCAAUCAACUCUCCUUGAAAUACAAACGAUACAUCCUCCGGACGAACGAUCAUGGUUUCUUGAAGAAGAAGUUAUAUCCAAUGGAAAUCUACUCAUGAUGACACCAAUCGAUCCUACAUUCAUUUUACUCCCUAUUUUGCAACUUAAAUACGUGAACAAUGGUAAUACCUCUCAAUUUAGAGCUGCCGAUGACUUGCUUGAAGAGUCAGUCAAACAAAUAGUUGAUACCGCUGUGCCACCAAAAAUACAAUGCCAGGACCUCCUUGACUUCUGCUCCCUCGUUUGCACACGAAAAUCCUUAAAAAAUAUUUGUGAUAUUAAAGAAAUUUCAUCCGAUAUUGUUGUCUACCGUUUCUCUCCACAAAAGUCAUUGGACCAUAUACGAACCAAAGUAUCACACUUGGAAAAAUGUGCGGCUCUCGAUAAAUCGAAAACCAUAGUGCGUUCUCUUGCUAGAUAUGGCCUUAUGGAAGAUGGAAAAGAAGAAUUGCUGCAAUUGGGGCGCACUCGGGCAUGUUGUGAUCUCGUUGCGCAAUACUUGACUCCUCUUAUGCGAGAAACCGUGAUGGCUUCUUAUAAUUUCAGUAAACUUCAGAAAUAUCUAGAUGCGAACGCGCAGGACGUAGUUGCAACAGUUGCAUCUUCCUCUAAAUCGAAGGGUGGACUUAAAGAAACAGCCAAAGAGAAAAAAGACACGACAGCGGUAAAGAGAAAACCUGUUGGCAAAGCUUCGCGAGGGAUUGAGAAUCUGAAAAAGGCUAAUACUAUCAACAUGCCCAAGUUGACUAGUUUCUUCGGUAGUAAACCUUGA